AUGACCCUUGAAUGCCAUGCAUGCUGGUAAUGCACUGAGAGUAAUGGUACACAUGAUGAAAUAUUGAUGCUGAUGAUGUUCAUGAUGAACUCCUGUUAUUUGUCAUAUAAUUGUAGUCCGGGGCCUAAGAUUCAUUUACCACUAUUAUGGAAGCCACUAGAACAAUUAGUAUAUUAGGUUGACUGAAACCCAGGGCUACAUUCUAGUUCUCUAGAUUUAAACUGGAGAAAAAAUCUCAACCCACUGGAUUUAACCUCUAUUGUAGGUGUCUUUCUUCUUAUUCCAAUCAAAUGGAAUUGAUCCAAUCAAAUUGAUUUGGUCCAAUCGAAUUGAAUUGAUCCAAUCAAAUGGAAUGAAGCUUCUUCACUAGUAGGACUAUUGGGAUUUAAUAUUUUAUCAGCCUGUCGAUCAAAAGCGUUCACCCUGAUGAGGGUCUGUCUGCAUGUCUGAUUUACAUCAUAUCCAAAUAGGUCCAGGUUAUACUGUAAAAGUUUAUGGAGGUUAUACAGUAUGUGUUACCCAAACAGAUCCACUCCCGUCAGGGACUCGGGAGUUUAUCACCCAAAACAUAUUUUUAGCUGAUAAAAGGAGAAAUAAAGAAAGAUAUAGCGAGAAAGUUACACAUGGCACAUGGAAAGGAUGCGAUAACCGAACUGUAGCCUAUACAACACAAAUUGUAUAACAUCAUUGAGACGGGUGAAUGUAGGAGGAGAGGAGGAGAGUUAACCAGGCAGUAUGUCUGACUGUGUGUGUUUACCACAGUGGUCUGUCAGCGCUGUCAGAGAGCCAAGAGAACCGUCGCCCCAGUCCAUUUCUAUAAAUACUAGCUCAGUGGGAGGGCUAAUAAUCAGCCAUCUUUUCUAUCCUCUGAUAAAACAAGAAAUGUUACAGAAAGGAAAUAUCUACCGUCCCCACUCUGAAAGGUUAAAGAAAGGAAAUAUCUACCGUCCCCACUCUGAAAGGUUACAGAAAGGAAAUAUCUACCGUCCCCACUCUGAAAGGUUACAGAAAGGAAAUAUCUACCGUCCCCACUCUGAAAGAUUACAGAAAGGAAAUAUCUACCGUCCCCACUCUGAAAGGUUACAGAAAGGAAAUAUCUACCGUCCCCACUCUGAAAGAUUACAGAAAGGAAAUAUCUACCGUCCCCACUCUGAAAGGUUACAGAAAGGAAAUAUCUACCGUCCCCACUCUGAAAGGUUACAGAAAGGAAAUAUCUACCGUCCCCACUCUGAAAGAUUACAGAAAGGAAAUAUCUACCGUCCCCACUCUGAAAGGUUACAGAAAGGAAAUAUCUACCGUCCCCACUCUGAAAGAUUACAGAAAAGAAAUAUCUACCGUCACCACUCUGAAAGGUUACAGAAAGGAAAUAUCUACCGUCCCCACUCUGAAAGGUUACAGAAAGGAAAUAUCUACCGUCCCCACUCUGAAAGAUUACAGAAAGGAAAUAUCUUCCGUCCCCACUCUGAAAGGUUACAGAAAGGAAAUAUCUACCGUCCCCACUCUGAAAGGUUACAGAAAGGAAAUAUCUACCGUCCCCACUCUGAAAGAUUACAGAAAGGAAAUAUCUACCGUCCCCACUCUGAAAGGUUACAGAAAGGAAAUAUCUACCGUCCCCACUCUGAAAGGUUACAGAAAGGAAAUAUCUACCGUCCCCACUCUGAAAGGUUACAGAAAGGAAAUAUCUACCGUCCCCACUCUGAAAGAUUACAGAAAGGAAAUAUCUACCGUCCCCACUCUGAAAGGUUACAGAAAGGAAAUAUCUACCGUCCCCACUCUGAAAGGUUACAGAAAGACAUUAAAUCAAUUAAGCUAUUUGGUUUCAGAAUGAGAAAAACACAGGUAAAUAUAAAACGAUAGCUCAGGGUUCUCUCAUGCUCCAUGUUGAAUUUUAUGAAGCAGAGAACAUUUUAAAUAAUGGCCUACUAGAUACAGUAUAUCAUACAUUUCACACAGACAGAUAUUUUGUGAUUAUUGUUACGAUCUUAACAACUGCAGUGUACUAAUAAACUCAUUAAGCGGAGCCUGAAGCAAAGACUCACCCAGGGCCUCCUUAGACACUCGCAGUAUUUGUUAGAGCCACUGCUAUAUAAUAAUGAAUAAUAAUGAAUUUAUAUAUUUAUAAAGCGCAUUUCUCACACUCGAGGUGCUAAAAGGUAUUACAUAAAUAAUAUUUAUUCCCUGAAUCAAAAUCAAAUCAAAUCCAAUUGUAUUUGUCACAUGCGCUGAAUACAACAGGUGUAGUAGACCUUACCGUCAAAUGCUUACUUACAAGCCCUUAACCAACAAAGCAGUUUUAAUUAAGAAAAAUUACAUUUUUAUUUUUUAAAGAGUAACAAUAAAAUAACAAUAACGAGUCUAUAUACAGGUGGUACUGGUACCGAGUCGCGAAACCGAAAUCGAGGAAGCCUACGUUUUGUCAAAGAUCUCAUCUUCUGACUGAGCCAGAUAACUUUUACUGAUCAACCUUAAGUCUAUGUGGUUUCCUUCCUUACUAGAUAGAUUUACAACCUGAACAAGACACUUGAUGUUGAAAAAGAAGCAUACUCUACAGUGUUACAUUCUGUUACGUUCCUCCAGUUUGUUUUCUUUUGCAGUUCUUCACACCUGUCCCCAACGAUGUGGCAGUCCUGUUUCUCAGUGUUGUCUGUCUGCCAAAGCCUUGUGUCUCUGUUCUGUGUCACGUAGAGUCACACUGAGGCUGUGUCUCAGAUGGCACCCUAUUCCCAGGGCUGGAUGUGUGUAGGGGAUAGGGUGCCAUUUCAGAUGCAACCUGGGAUAUA